CGUAUGCAAUGAAAUUGCUAAAUUUUUCUAAAAUGGAAGUUCUAAUAAAACACUAUUUUUUUUAAUAUUUAGUGAUUUUGUACUAAUUGUGCGGUUAACAACCGCAAUAUGUGCUUUCUAUCCAAUUUUAUUUUACCAAUAUGAAAAUAUUAUUGCCAAUCAGCUGUUUAAGGGAGUUUAUAACUCGCUUUGUUGCCGUCUGUCACCUACAUAUUUGCAACUGAUUAAUACCGCUGACAGACGGCGGCGUUAAUUCGGAUUAACUGCUUUAAUCGGGGUUAAUUCGAGAGUUAUACGUUAGCGGGCUUGAUCCAUUAAAAAAAAAAAAAACAAAAAACAGAUAUAUCUGCGCAAAUGGCUCAUAAAUUUACACCAAAGGAAGUGCAUGUAAAAAUAAGAAACUUGACACAAAAAUAUAGAGAAGAAAAGAAAAAAGUUGGACGCUCGGAGGACAGCACGUCGGCUUGGAAACAUUUUGGUGCGGUUCAUCAAAUAAUGGAACUGUCGGCAGCCAAUAAUGAAGAAACAUAUGAAUCGUUUACUAUGAACACAUCGUCAUCAAUAUCGCUGCCGUUCCCGUCACCAACACUUACAGCAUCACCAUUGACCCACUCGCCAUUGACCCGCUCGCCAUUAUUGUCACCACUGCAUAGUUCCUUAACACCAACUAGAAAGAGGGCAACUAGAAAGAGGGAUUAUAAGGGUGAACUGUUGAAAGUGGCAAAGGAGCAAAAUGAAUUGCUGAUUGCAGUGGUGAAAGAUAACAAAAAACUAUCAGAAGCAAUUGUUAAAGCCAUUGAAGAACAAAAUAAUACUAUGAAGGAGUUCAUAGAUACUAUGAAACGUAUUUUAGAAAAGAUGUAAAUGUUUCUUUUGGUUUUAAUGUAUGUAUACGUUUUUAAUGGUGUUUAAAUGUAUUAAACAUGAAUUAAAAUUAAGUUAAGUUUAUGUAUAUAUGUAUUAGUAAU